AUGGACGUCCUCCGCAACACCCUCCAACCCAUCACGCACAACCUGCCCGCGCCCAUCCGCGACCUGGGCGUCUCGCUCAUCGGCGAGUCGUGCUACAAGACCCUUCUCCUCGACGUCGACCUCACCGACGAAGCCUGCCUCAAGCUCGCCAUCUCCAAGGGUCUCGGCAUCGGCAUCGUCGCCGCCUCCUCCAUCGUCAAGGUGCCCCAGAUCCUCAAGCUCACCUCGUCGCGCAGCGCCGACGGCGUCUCCUUCCUCUCCUACCUCCUCGAGACCGCCGCCUACCUCAUCGGCCUCGCCUACAACUUCCGCAACGGCUUCCCCUUUUCCACCUACGGCGAGACCGCCCUCAUCCUCGUCCAAAACGUCGUCAUCUCCGUGCUUGUCCUCCAGUACUCGGGCAAGAAGGGUCUCGCCGCCGCCUUUGUCGCUCUUCUGGCCGGCGCUGCCGGCGCGCUCUUUACUGAUAAUGUCCUCGACAUGAAGACCCUGGGUUACCUCCAGGCCGGCGCCGGCACCCUCGGCGUCGCUAGCAAGGUUCCACAAAUCCUUGCCAUCUGGUCCGAGGGUGGUACCGGCCAGCUUAGCGCCUUUACCGUCUUCAACUAUCUCGUCGGAUCCCUUACCCGCAUCUUCACCACCCUCCAGGAGGUCGAUGACAAGCUCAUCCUCUACGGUUUCAUCGCCGGCUUCGCGCUCAACGCCGUUCUCGCCGCCCAGAUGAUCUUCUACUGGAACUCGCCUUCCUCUGCCGCCGCUAGCAAGAAGAAGCAGCCCCGCGUUAUUGCCGCCCCCGUCAAGCGCGAGGCCGCCGCACCCUUUGCCGCCUCUCCUCGGCUACUUCCACCGGCACCACCCCCGCAAGGGCACCACCAGGAGGCGCGGUUAAGCCAUUUCCGGCUGGUAUAA